GAUCCUCGGCCAUCGUGGGUGUUCCCGUUGAGUAGAUUCGCGAACUAUGUGGUGAUACCAGGAACCCUUCUGUACGCCGUCUUCUUCGCUGACUUCGGAGAGAAAGAACAUGUGUUCAUGCCGGCAAGGCGAUGGUUGGACCGUCAAAAGGCUGCGUUUUUCUCACUCUCAGAUGCAGAGCGUGAGAUCGCAGGGGUCGCAGGGGAACCGCCC